AUGUCUUUCAUGUCAACCUCGUCGAUCAUGUCAACCACACCCCCCAUGACCACCCAAAGCCUCCUCCUGAUAAUCUCCUACAAAGAUGGCACCUUCAUCCCAGAGAACCUACCCGGCUUGCCCAUUUCAUCCACAUCAGCCAUCAUAAACAACGGCAUGACGGGCCUCAUCUCGGCUGACUUCCUUAUCGCGCUUACGGAUAUCGUGAGAGGCGAGCCUCUUGAUGGGUAUUCUUUUCAAACUGCCUGGAUCGACCCCGAGGGAUAUUACCAUGCUGUCCUCACUAGAGAUGAUAGCCCGGAGGAGCUUUCUACUACACCAUCUACAUCUACCAGCCCCUCCUCUACAACCUCCUCAACAACAUCCUCUAUCCUUAUCAACGGCGAUGACACCAAUGACACCGAACAGCCCACCGAAUGGUACACGGCCGAAGAGUCCCACUUUCAAAACGUCUUCGAAGAAGAAGAAGAAGAAGGGCAAGAAGAAAAACAAGUCCAAGAGCCAUCCAGCACCCUCGGAUGGGGCCUCACCACCAACCACACCACCGGCACAAAUCCCUCCACUCGGUGGUACACUUACGCGUUGGAUGGGACUGCCCUGGAUGCCGAUACCGAAUCGGACCCGGACUUUGAAUCUGCCAGUGAAGGGUUGGCGGACUCCCUUCCGGCCCUAGACCCUGCGCUUUCGGACUCUGUUAGCGAAAGGUCGACGGACUCCCUCCCAUCUCUAAUCCCCAGCUAUCACCACGGGUGGGAGAUUGUCUACCAUGAUGAGGAGGACGACGUCAUCGUCGCUGUUGGUGAUAAUCAUAUUAUCACUACCAACAACAAUGACAGCAACGACGACAGCAACGACGACAGCAACGACGACAGCAACGACGACAACAACGAUGACGAUCAGGGUGGCAACGACAAUUGGCAGUCAGCAGAAGCUGCUACCACUGACGAAAGCCAGGCUGCCAAAUGGAGCAGCAUCCCUGCGGAUGAGUCCCUGGCAAUAACGGGCCAGAGAGCAGUCAGCUCUAAGCGUGCUUGUCUUGUUCAAGGGGCGAUUAAGGGGUGGUAA